UCCCGCCCCUCCCGCCGGCUGAUUGGCCGGGCCGCGGCCGUCCCGGGCACAGGUUAGUGUGCGGUGCGGCGCUGCGGCCAGAGGAGGAUGGAGCUGCCGGUGCGGGAUGAUGGCUGGUUUCGGGAGACGUGCAGCCUGUGGCCCGGCCAGGCCAUGUCCCUGCAGGUGGAGGAGGUGCUACACCACAGCAAGAGCCCCUUCCAGGAGAUACUGGUGUUCCGGAGUAAGACUUAUGGGAACGUGCUUGUUUUGGACGGAUUAAUUCAAUGUACGGAGAGAGAUGAGUUUUCCUACCAAGAGAUGAUCGCAAACCUCCCCCUCUGCAGUCACCCAAAUCCACGCAAGGUCCUCAUCAUCGGAGGAGGGGAUGGCGGAGUCCUGCGGGAGGUGGUGAAACAUCCGUGCGUGGAAACUGUUGUGCAGUGUGAGAUUGACGAGGAAGUCAUCAAUGUCUCUAAGAAGUUCCUCCCAGGGAUGGCGGUGGGGUACUCCAGUCCCAAGCUCCGACUACACGUGGGUGAUGGCUUCCAGUUCAUGAAACAGAACCAAGAUGCUUUUGAUGUCAUCAUCACAGACUCCUCCGACCCUGUAGGUCCUGCCGAGAGUCUUUUUAAAGAGUCUUAUUAUCAACUGAUGAAGACGGCACUGAGAGAUGGCGGGAUCCUCUGCUGUCAAGGUGAGUGUCAAUGGCUGCACCUGGACCUCAUUAAGGACAUGCACAAGUUCUGCAAAUCUCUCUUCCCUAUGGUAGAAUAUGCUUACUGCACCAUCCCAACCUACCCCAGCGGCCAGAUCGGCUUCAUGCUGUGCAGCAAAAACCCUAAUACAAAUUUCCGGGAGCCGGUACGGCAGUUAUCUCAGGAGCAAGUUGAUGAAAUGAACCUGCGAUACUAUAACACCAGUAUUCAUCAAGCAGCCUUUGUUCUCCCAGAGUUUACACGAAAAGUAAGAUGCUCCCCUCCUGGGGGUUUUUGUUUUUGGUAUCUACCUGUUGGGAAAUCUAAUCUGAAAUAA